AUGCCAUGCACUCCAUUCUCUAGGUCACACGCGCUACCAACACAUUACAGGUCAGCCAUGCUCAUCUGACAUUCUCAGAGAUGAAUCGUUAACUUUAGCAGCUUUAACCUGGCAUUGUGUUUAGCUUGGCAUUGUGCUUAUAGGCAAUUCCAUGGUAACAGAGUGAUGCUGAAAUGUCCAAGUCGUCCUUGUGCAUAGACUUGUAUGGUUUGUUUAACUUUGCAAUCAUUGGUUUUUGUUUGGCAUACAUUUCAAGUAAAAAAUCUGAGUCUCAGCAUCACUCUGUUACCAUGGAACUGCCCCUAUGUAUUUGUACUGUUAAUGUGAAUAAUAAUAUGGGAAAGUCUUUGGAAAUGACUGUAUGUAAACCUCUCUCAAAUCGAUCGGCCUAAUAGUAAGGAGGAUUGAUUUCAGUAUCAAUGGUUUCAUCCUCUCCUAGUGUAGUGGGUGGUGUUGUGUAUGACAUUUUACACAGUGCAUCUGAUAAUGAUGAUCACAGGUUAGAAUGGCAUGCGUAGAUGCUGUGUUCAGUCAUGGUGAGGAGACUUGAAAAGGUCUGUUAAAUCCAAUUGAGAAUGCUACGGCUUGGUGAGGAAAUCCACACAGGUUAUCAUUGGAUUGAUUGCAUGCUCCUUUACUUGUUAGAUACAGACUAGGGAUACGCCUUAGCAAGUAACUCAAGAUGCUUCAAAAUAUCAAUUUCAUGGAGAGAGAUAUCCACUUACAUAAAAUAGAUGUAGCAACUUGAGACUGUGCUUUUGUCUUCUCAGCAACAAAAUGUGCCACUGACUUUGCGGAGGUCCCCUCUAUUUUAAUGGAGUACUUUGCCACUGAUUAUCGUGUAGUGAACCAAUUUGCCCGCCAUUAUCAAACAGGACAGGUACACAAACUCACCAUUUUGCUAUGGCAACAUGUUGAUGACCCAAAAUAACAAAGCCAUAUAUUUGUUUUGUUUUGAAGUGUUACUAUACUGAACAAUUUCAAAGAUUUUACUAAGUUUCAGUUCAUAUAAGGAAAUCAGUCAAUUGAAAGAAAUUAAUUAGGCCCUAAUCUAUGGAUUCCACAUGACUGGGAAUACAGAUACAGUGGGGGAAAAAAGUAUUUAGUCAGCCACCAAUUGUGCAAGUUCUCCCACUUAAAAAGAUGAGAGAGGCCUGUAAUUUUCAUCAUAGGUACACGUCAACUAUGACAGACAAAUUGAGAAAAAAAAAUCAGAAAAUCACAUUGUAGGAUUUUUAAUGAAUUUAUUUGCAAAUUAUGGUGGAAAAUAAGUAUUUGGUCACCUACAAACAAGCAAGAUUUCUGGCUCUCACAGACCUGUAACUUCUUCUUUAAGAGGCUCCUCUGCCCUCCACUCGUUACCUGUAUUAAUGGCACCUGUUUGAACUUGUUAUCAGUAUAAAAGACACCUGUCCACAACCUCAAACAGUCACACUCCAAACUCCACUAUGGCCAAGUCCAAAGAGCUGUCAAAGGACACCAGAAACAAAAUUGUAGAUCUGCACCAGGCUGGGAAGACUGAAUCUGCAAUAGGUAAGCAGCUUGGUUUGAAGAAAUCAACUGUGGGAGCAAUUAUUAGGAAAUGGAAGACAUACAAGACCACUGAUAAUCUCCCUCGAUCUGGGGCUCCACGCAAGAUCUCACCCCGUGGGGUCAAAAUGAUCACAAGAACGGUGAGCAAAAAUCCCAGAACCACACGGGGGGACCUAGUGAAUGACCUGCAGAGAGCUGGGACCAAAGUAACAAAGCCUACCAUCAGUAACACACUACGCCACCAGGGACUCAAAUCCUGCAGUGCAAGACGUGUCCCCCUGCUUAAGCCAGUACAUGUCCAGGCCCGUCUGAAGUUUGCUAGAGUGCAUUUGGAUGAUCCAGAAGAGGAUUGGGAGAAUGUCAUAUGGUCAGAUGAAACCAAAAUAUAACUUUUUGGUAAAAACUCAACUCGUCGUGUUUGGAGGACAAAGAAUGCUGAGUUGCAUCCAAAGAACACCAUACCUACUGUGAAGCAUGGGGGUGGAAACAUCAUGCUUUGGGGCUGUUUUUCUGCAAAGGGACCAGGACGACUGAUCCGUGUAAAGGAAAGAAUGAAUGGGGCCAUGUAUCGUGAGAUUUUGAGUGAAAACCUCCUUCCAUCAGCAAGGGCAUUGAAGAUGAAACAUUGCUGGGUCUUUCAGCAUGACAAUGAUCCCAAACACACCGCCCGGGCAACGAAGGAGUGGCUUCGUAAGAAGCAUUUCAAGGUCCUGGAGUGGCCUAGCCAGUCUCCAGAUCUCAACCCCAUAGAAAAUCUUUGGAGGGAGUUGAAAGUCUGUGUUGCCCAGCGACAGCCCCAAAACAUCACUGCUCUAGAGGAGAUCUGCAACAGUGUGUGAAAACCUUGUGAAGACUUACAGAAAACGUUUGACCUGUGUCAUUGCCAACAAAGGGUAUAUAACAAAGUAUUGAGAAACUUUUGUUAUUGACCAAAUACUUAUUUUCCACCAUAAUUUGCAAAUAAAUUCAUAAAAAAUCCUACAAUGUGAUUUUCUGGAUUUAUUUUCCUCAUUUUGUCUGUCAUAGUUGACGUGUACCUAUGAUGAAAAUUACAGGCCUCUCUCAUCUUUUUAAGUGGGAGAACUUGCACAAUUGGUGGCUGACUAAAUACUUUUUUCCCCCACUGUAUGCAUCUGUUGGUCACAGCUACCUAAGAAAAAAAAUAUUGGCGAGGAUCAGAAAACCAGUCAGUAUCUGGUGUGACCACCAUUUGCCUCAUGCAGCACGACACAUCUCCUUAGCAUAAAGUUGAUCAGGCUGUUGAUUUUGGCCUGUGGAAUGUUGUCCCACUCCUCUUCAAUUGCGUGUUUGAAGCUGCUGGAUAUUGUCGAGAACUGGAACAAGCUGUCGUACACGUCGAUCCAGAGCAUCCCAAACAUGCUCAAUGGGUGACAUGUCUGGUGAGUAUGCAGGCCAUGGAAGAACUGGGACAUUUUCAGCUUCCAGGAAUUGUGUACAGAUCCUUGCAACAUGGGCCUGUGCAUUAUCAUGCUAAAACAUGAGGUGAUGGCGGCAGAUGAAUGGCAACGCAAUGGGCCUCAGGAUCUCGUCACGGUACCUGUGCAUUCAAAUUGCCCUCGUGUUCGUUGUCCAUAGCUUAUGCCUGCCCAUACCAUAACCCCACCGCCACCAUGGGGCACUCGUGUGCCCGUGUAGCUCAGUUGGUAGAGCAUGGCGCUUACAACGGCAGGGUUGUGGGUUCGAUUCCCACGGGGGGCCAGUAUGAUUUUUAUUUUUAUUUUUAUGUAUGCACUCACUAACUGUAAGUCGCUUUGGAUAAGAGCAUCUGCUAAAUGACUAAAAUGUAAAUGUUCACAACGUUGACAUCAGCAAACCGCUUGCCCACACGACGCCAUACACGUGGUCUGUGGUUGUGAGGCCGGUUGGACGUACUGCCAAAUUCUCUAAAACAACGUUGGAGGCGGCUUAUGGUAGAAAAAUGAACAUUAUAAUAUCUGACAACAGCUCUGGUGGACAUUCCUACAGUCAGCAUGCCAACAGCAUGCCAACUUGAGACAUCUGUGGAAUUGUGUUGUGUGACAAAACUGCACAUUGUAGAUUGGCCUUUUAUUGUCCCCAGCACAAGAUGCACCUGUGUAAUGAUCAUGCUGUUUAAUCAGCUUCUUGAUAUGCCACACCUGUCAGGUGGAUGGAUUAUCUUGGCAAAAGAGAAAUGCUCACUAACAGGGAUGUAAACACAUUUGUGCACAAAAUUUGAUUUGAGAGAAAUAAGCUUUUUGUGCAUAUGGAAAAAUUUUGGGAUCUAUUAUUUCAGCUCAUUAAACAUGGGAUCAGUACUUUACAUGGUGUGUUUUAUAUUUUUGUUCAGUGUAUAUUGGUUACUGUAAAGAUAUGGUGCAAUAUUUCUGCUGAGAAAUGAAUGUCUUUGUGUUUUUGCAGCCUCUGUCUCGGCAUGGUGGCUCGUCUGUGUGAGUCCAAAAAGGUGUGUGGUGCGGCAGACACUCAACUACAGGUAACUCCCCCUGACAUACAACAACAAUGAACUAAAUGGGUCACGGUUUUUACUUUCAUGGGUUACAUUGACACUGAACUCUCAUGCAAAUGUACAAUACAAGGGAAAAACAUUUUGCUCUCCUAAACUGUUGAAAGUGUAAUGGCACUGCAGCAAACCCUGACAACUGUUAUCUGCUAUCUUUAUAGUCGUUUUUUAACAAGGUAUCCUAUAUUGUUACCGUUGCUUUUAAAACGUACUUAACCACAAUGGGCAUAAGGGUCCUAUAAGUGCUUUGAGUGAGUGAUUGAUGGUAGAUAAGUGUAGAGACUUAACAGAUAUCAGCCUUUUUCAGGCAACAGAAAAUGCCUCGACUCAAGUGGGAUAUUUGGGAACAUUUCAAAGGUUUAACAUGUAACUGCAUGAAUGUUUAUUAGCAUGUUUAUUUAUUCUGUGGACAGAUUUUCUACUCUGCUCUGGAUCAGAUUUAUCAUGGAAAACCCCAAAACCGAUCAACGACUGAUAUCUUAAAGGACAUGCAGCAGAAAUUCCACGGCCUACCGUACACUCACCUCAGUGUCAAAAUGGUCUUUGCCUUCACUGAGUUGGUGGUCUAUAGAUCUUUGAUUAUGAGCUCAAGUAUAGCCUUUAUAGUUAAUGAAUGUUUGGGGGGCAUUCUUUGCCUAAUCCCCAAAACUUUACCCCAGUGUCUGCCUUUUCUCGUGCAACAGAGGAACAAAAACAGCUCAGAGCAGAGAAAGAGCGAGAGAGAGGGAGUUAUUUUUUGGCUUUUCUUCCCUGGCUCUGUUGUUUUAUAUCUCUUACCCAGGCGCAGUACCGUUUAAAGGAUUAAAGCUUUUUUGGAGGCCCUGCUCAAAUAACAAAGCAGAGGUAUACUGCCUCGGGGAAAUAUUUUAAACUUUUCUUUCUGUGGUCCUUUAAUGAAAAUAAAUAAACAAAAGAGGACAAAGUCAGGAGGGAAGAGAGAAUGUAAAACACAGCCAUCAUUUAGCCAGGAAUUGCCUUCAUAAGGCAUUUAUCCUCAACUAUAAUUAUGUGGGCCAUCAGGAAUAGAGAACACUCCGUCAGAACUAUAUUCCUCCUCACUUUAUUUGCGCUUACCAGCCACAGUUGCUUUAACCUCACUAAAAGUCCUACUUCCACUUUUAUCCAUGCAGCACCGACCUCUCAGGGGAGUGUGGCUAAUGUUAUAUACUUUCCAUCCUGUCUUGGUCAUUUUUCUUCAACUAUAAAACCAUGCCGCUACUCAAUAUUUCACUCAAAUUACAUAUGUUAUGAUGGAAGAGUAGUUUUCCUCCUUUUAGCCCCACUUACAAAAAUCUGAAUUGUAUUGUUAAAGGAUCAGUCAUGGGAUUGGAGCAAGUGAAAACAGAUUUGUUUAUGUUCUGCUGAAAGGACCAUAUUUCUGGUAUUUUAUUCUCUUUUCUCCCUGCCCUUGCAAAACAGCAGUGAUGCAAAACUUUCCACACUAAACUGAACAUUUGAAUGGUUAAUAGGUUACAGAGAGACCCAAAUGAUAAACACUGGGGUGAUUGUGACAUGUGUAUGGUUUAUAGACCAGGGGUAUCAGUUCUGACUGGAGAGAAAGACUAUCAGCUGUUGUUGAGUACAUGGUCCAAAUGGAAUGCCCUGUGCCUGCGAUAAUAAUAUUUGGAAAAUGGCAGUAAGCCUGACAUUCCUUCUGCUCUGUUGAUGAUUCUUUGUCUUUAUCUGUUCUCUUGGAGCCCUAGAGAGUCAAGACAUGUUAUUUUCUCACCCAGAACGUUGUGUUGAUCCCUAGCACCCUGAACAAAGGCCUAGCAGCCUGGUCUAAAAAGGACAAGAGUGUAUUUUAUCUAAUACACAGAAGAACAGAGUGAAAGGCUGCUCUGACUUUCCUCAUCUUUGUGUGUGAGGAUAAAAAGGGAUCUUUCCCUGAGAUGUUAACUUGACUGGGCUAUGACCUUCUCAAAAGUUGACAUCUAACAUUUGAGGCAAGCAGAGGGAUCAAAAAUAAAGCAGAGCACUGGUGUAUCAACUGAUUAGUUUGAGUGUUCACUGUCCAUCACAAAGUUUCAGACAUUCUUUCAGUCAUACCUGUAGUAACGUUUCAUGUUCAAAGGUGUUAUACGGUUGGAGAUGUCUUGCCACAGGAAGGCUAUAGGCCUCUGUCUACUGCUAUAGGCCUCUGGUACUGCCUUCCGGGCGGCUGGUGAACUCUCUCCUCAUGAUUUGUGCUCACUUUCCUAAUGUUUUGGUUUCCCCCUUGUACUGCCUCUAUCAGGAGUACUGUUUACCCUUAUUAAAGUCAUUAGGGCCCAGAUGGGACCCAUCAUGCAGACACUUUGCCGCUUAAGCAUGUUUCACGCUAGAGGAUCUUCCGCACAGCUUGGAGAACUCUUUCACACCGCUCGCUGUUUAAAUAAGCAGCACCCCUCUCAAAGGCAGAGCACAGGGUGCUUUAGACUAGCCCAUUUCAACUUAUCUCUAUCACCUCUCCAAGACGGUUCGGUAAAGUGCACAGUCAGGGAUAAAAUAGCAAGAUAAAAAUCUGUUGUCUUUUUUUUUCUUCUCCUAAGAGCUAAAGUCACUCAUUCAUUUAUAAAGGUCUGGGCCCAGAUGUUGAUGUUACUUAGGGCAACUUCAUUUGGAGAUAUCCAUUUGAAUCUAGCAAGGUUUGUAAGGUUCCUUAUGCAUUACAGCCUUAAUGCUCUGAUACAAUACUUACAGUACUUAGCUUUGCAUUUGUGUUUUACAACCACCGUGGAGACUGGGGUAUAAUUUAGUUUUAUUCCACCGCUGCUUUCUUUCUUCUGACUGUUUGAAUGUUUCCCAGCUGAAUUUCCCCAAGUCCCAAAUCAGGCCUGAUCAUAGAGCACGUUGUCUUUAUAGAUAGAAAGUUGGACCUUCUAGGCAACAAGGUGGUCUUUAUGAAAUCAUGGUAUAAACAGUGGAAACUGUUGAAAGCCAGUUUAAUUUGGGUUAUUUAUUGGGUAUUUAUUUAUGGUGUUGUUAAUGAUGUUGUGAUAUUGUGAAAUGCUUUGUUUUCCUUCACAGGCAUGGCAGCUGAGAUUCAGCCACCUCAUUGGCUACGGGGCCAAGUACUACUCCCAUCUCAUGUCCCACGCUGUGGCCUCCAUGGUGUGGAAACAGUGCUUUGUUCAGGAUGCUUUAAACAGGUGAGACUGAGAGCCAUUCAGCUUGUCCUCACACAAACCCUUCAUCAGGAAAUACACACAAUAUCAAGGCGUGGCUGUCUGCAGCACUUACUUGACUUUCAUGGGUAUGACUAAAUGUAGGGUAUGACUAAAUGUAGGGAAUGACUAAAUGUAGGGAAUGACUAAAUGUAGGGAAUGACUAAAUGUAGGGAAUGACUAAAUGUAGGGUAUGACUAAAUGUAGUGUAUGACUAAGUGCAGGGUAUGACUAACCUAAAUGCAGUGUCCCUAUGAAAAAAACAAAACAGCAUACUGUAGUAACACAAUUAACUUCCUCUGAGGCAGUCAUAAAUCGAUGAUGUUGUUUUUUUAAAGCAAAACCAGAGUUUUUACUAAUGUCAAAAUAUAUUAGGUCAAUUUGGUGAUGUAUUUUUGUGUGUCCCUUGAGAUUUUUUGCUUGUGUGUAAUCACACACCGGGAACUUGCUUCAAUGAUUCAAUGAUAUAACAACAGAUGCACUGUACUAUCACUGAAAGUUACAGGACAUUUGACUGGAAGGAAACUUGUUUGCAUUUCCGCCAGAGAAGAUGGCUGCCGUUUUACAGCCCUCUAACCAAUUGUACUAUUAUGUGUGUUUUUUCGCGUUAUUUGUAAUUUAUUCUGUACAUAAUGUUUCUGCCAUCAUCUCUUAUAACCAAAAAGAGCUUCUGGAUAUCAGGACAGCGAUUACUCACCUCGUAUUGGAUAAAGAUUUUUUCUUCAAUGAGUCGGCCGCGAAGGAUAUCCUACAGACACCCGACAAGGCCCAAAUCCCCGUCAUUUGCAGGAGAAAGAGACGGAGAUAUUGUGGACGUAGGUCAGGGUGCCUCAUAAGGAUCCGACGGCGAGCGAGUAAACUGCCUCUUCCAUCAAUCCUAUUAGCCAAUCUUCAAUCAUUGGAAAAUAAAUUAGAUGACCUACGAUUACGCUUAUCCUACCAAUGGGACAGUAAAAAUGGUAAUAUCUUAUGUUUCACCGAGUCGUGGCUGAACGACGACAUGGACAACAUACAGCUAGCGGGCUCUACGCUACAUCAGCAGGAUAGAACAGCUGACUCCGGUAAGACAAGGGGUGGCGGUCUGUGUAUAUUUGUAAAACAGCUGGUGCACAAAUCAAAUACUAAGGAAGUCUCGAGGUUUUGCUCGCCUGAGGUAGAGUACCUUAUGAUAAGCUGUAGACCACACUAUUUACCAAGAGAGUUUUAAUCUAUAUUUUUCAUAGCUGUCUAUUUACCACCACAAACCAAUGCUGGCAUUAAGAUUGCACUCAAUGAGCUGUAUAAGGCCAUAACUAAACAGGAAAACGCUCAUCCAGAGGCAGCGCUCCUAGUGGCCGGGGACUUUAAUGCAGGGAAACUUAAAUCCGUUCUACCUAAUUUCUACCAGCAUGUUAAAUGUGCAACCAGAGGAAAUAAAACUCUAGACCACCUUUACUCCACACACAGAGACACAUACAAAGCUCUCCCUCGCCCUCCAUUUGGCAAAUCUGACCAUAACUAUAUCCUCCUGAUUCCUGCUUAUAAGCAACAACUAAAGUAGCCAGUGACUCGGUUAAUAAAAAAGUGGUCAGAUGAUGCAGAUGCUAAGCUACAGGACUGUUUUGCUAGCACAGACUGGAACAUGUUCCGGGAUUCUUCAGAUAGCAUUGAGGAGUACACCACAUCAGUCACUGGCUUCAUCAAUAAGUGCAUCGAUGACGUCAUCCCCACAGUGACCGUACGUACAUACCCCAACCAGAAGCCAUGGAUUACAGGCAACAUCCGCACUGAGCUAAAGGGUAGAGCUGCCGCUUUAAAGGAGCGGGACUCUAACCCGGACGCUUAUAAGAAAUCCCGCUAUGCCCUCCGACGAACCAUCAAACAGGCAAAGAGUCAAUACAGGACUAAGAUUGAAUCGUACUACACCGGCUCUGACGCUCGUCGGAUGUGGCAGGGCUUGAAAACUAUUACAGACUACAAAGGGAAGCACAGCCGCGAGCUGCCCAGUGACACAAGUCUACCAGAAGAGCUAAACCACUUCUGAAUCAACACUGACGCAUGCAUGAGAGCACCAGCUGUUCCGGAUGACUAUGUGAUCACGCUCUCCAUAGCCGAUGUGAGUAAGACUUUUAAGCAGGUCAGCAUUCACAAGGCCGCAGGGCCAGACAGAUUACCAGGACGUGUACUCCGAGCAUGUGCUGACUAACUGGCAAGUGUCUUCACUGACAUUUUCAACAUGUCCCUGACUGAGUCUGUAAUACCAACAUGUUUCAAGCAGACCACCAUAGUCCCCAUGCCCAAGGACACUAAGAUAACCUGCCUAAAUGACAACCGACCCGUAGCACUGACGUCUGUAGCCAUGAAGUGCUUUGAAAGGCUGGUCAUGGCUCACAUCAACACCAUUAUCCCAGAAACCCUAGACCCACUCCAAUUUGCAUACCACCCCAACAGAUCCACAGAUGAUGCAAUCUCUAUUGCACUCCACACUGCCCUUUCCCACCUGGACAAGAGGAACACCUACGUGAGAAUGCUAUUCAUUGACUACAGCUCAGCGUUCAACACCAUAGUGCCCUCAAAGCUCAUCACUAAACUAAGGAUCCUAGGACUAAACACCUCCCUCUGCAACUGGAUCCUGGACUUCCUGACGGGCCGCCCCCCAGGUGGUAAGGGUAGGUAACAACAUAUCUGCCACGCUGAUCCUCAACACGGGGGCCCCUCAGGGUUGUGUGCUCAGUCCCCUCCUAAACUCCCUGUUCACCCAUGACUGCAUGGCCAGGCACGACUCCAACACCAUCAUUAAGUUUGCAGACGACACAACAGUGGUAGGCCUGAUCACCGACAACGAUGAGACAGCCUAUAGGGAGGAGGUCAGAGCUGGCCGUGUGGUGCCAGGAUAACAACCUCUCCCUCAACGUGACCAAGACAAAGGAGAUGAUUGUGGACUACAGGAAAAAAAAAGAGGACUGAGCACGCCCCCAUUCUCAUCGACGGGGCUGUAGUGGAACAGGUUGAGAGCUUCAAGUUCCUUGGUGUCCACAUCACCAAUGAACUAUCAUGGUCCAAACACACCAAGACAGUCGUGAAGAGGGCACGACAAAGCCUAUUCCCCCUCAGGAGACUGAAAAUAUUUGGCAUGGGUCCUCAGAUCCUCAAAAGGUUCUACAGCUGCACCAUCGAGAGCAUCCUGACUGGUUGCAUCACCGCCUGUCAACAGGAAACAGAUGAAGGCCCUAAAAAUUGCCAAAGACGCCAGCCACCCUAGUCAUAGACUGUUCUCUCUGCUACUGCACGGCAAGCGGUACCGGAGCGCCAAGUCUAGGUCAAAAAGGCUUCUUAACAGCUUCUACCCCCAAGCCAUAAUCAAAUGGCUACCCAGACUAUUUGCAUUGACCCCCCCCCCCCCCCCCCCCCCCUUUUUUUACGCUGCUGCUACGCGCUGUUUAUUAUCUAUGCAUAGUCACUUUACCCCUACCUACGUACAUAUUACCUCAAUUACCUCUACUAACCUGUACCCCCGCACAUUGACUUGGUGUCUGUACCCCCUGUAUAUAGCCUCAUUAUUGUUAUUUUAUUGUUGCUCUUUUAUUUUAUUUUAUUAUAUUUAGUAAAUAUUUUCAUAACUCUUAUUUUUCUUAAAACUGCAUUGUUGGUUAAGGGCUUGUAAGUAAGCAUUUCACGGUAAGGUCUACACUUGUUGUAUUUGGCGCAUGUGACAAAUACGAUUUGAUUUUGAUUUGAUUGAUCAGCCAUGUGAGGGGAAUGCUGAGACUCCCCCAGGGACAUGGCAGAGUGCUACCAUAGGGAGAUUCUGGCCCAUGGGGGAGGGAAGCCCAUGCUUAUGGAAGGUAUGUCAUGGUCUUGACCUUUGUGUUUUCAGAGGCUCUCACCACCUCUCUGAGAGCCUCUGGACAGGUCGUGUAGUGGCCCACUUCAGGCUGAUUUACCUCUUUAGUGUCCCAAGGUUAAGGAGUGCCCAUUAAACUAGGUUACAACCAACUUCUAACUAUAUUUCUAUGAAUUGUGUUCAGAAGAGAAUAGGUACAGUGGGGAAAAAAAGUAUUUAGUCAGCCACCAAUUGUGCAAGUUCUCCCACUUAAAAAGAUGAGAGAGGCCUGUAAUUUUCAUCAUAGGUACACGUCAACUAUGACAGACAAAUUGAGGAAAAAAAAUCCAGAAAAUCACAUUGUAGGAUUUUUUAUGAAUUUAUUUGCAAAUUAUGGUGGAAAAUAAGUAUUUGGUCACCUACAAACAAGCAAGAUUUCUGGCUCUCACAGACCUGUAACUUCUUCUUUAAGAGGCUCCUCUGUCCUCCACUCGUUACCUGUAUUAAUGGCACCUGUUUGAACUUGUUAUCUGUAUAAAAGACACCUGUCCACAACCUCAAACAGUCACACUCCAAACUCGACUAUGGCCAAGACCAAAGAGCUGUCAAAGGACACCAGAAACAAAAUUGUAGACCUGCACCAGGCUGGGAAGACUGAAUCUGCAAUAGGUAAGCAGCUUGGUUUGAAGAAAUCAACUGUGGGAGCAAUUAUUAGGAAAUGGAAGACAUACAAGACCACUGAUAAUCUCCCUCGAUCUGGGGCUCCACGCAAGAUCUCACCCGUGGGGUCAAAAUGAUCACAAGAACGGUGAGCAAAAAUCCCAGAACCACACAGGGGGACCUAGUGAAUGACCUGCAGAGAGCUGGGACCAAAGUAACAAAGCCUACCAUCAGUAACACACUACGCCGCCAGGGACUCAAAUCCUGCAGUGCGAGACGUGUCCCCCUGCUUAAGCCAGUACAUGUCCAGGCCCGUCUGAAGUUUGCUAGAGUGCAUUUGGAUGAUCCAGAAGAGGAUUGGGAGAAAGUCAUAUGGUCAGAUGAAACCAAAAUAGAACUUUUUGGUAAAAACUCAACUCGUCGUGUUUGGAGGACAAAUAAUGCUGAGUUGCAUCCAUACCUACUGUGAAGCAUGGGGGUGGAAACAUCAUGCUUUGGGGCUGUUUUUCUGCAAAGGGACCAGGACGACUGAUCCGUGUAAAGGAAAGAAUGAAUGGGGCCAUGUAUCGUGAGAUUUUGAGUGAAAACCUCCUUCCAUCAGCAAGGGCAUUGAAGAUGAAACGUGGCUGGGUCUUUCAGCAUGACAAUGAUCCCAAACACACCGCCCGGGCAAUGAAGGAGUGGCUUCGUAAGAAGUCCUGGAGUGGCCUAGCCAGUCUCCAGAUCUCAAGCCCAUAGAAAAUCUUUGGAGGGAGUUGAAAGUCCGUGUUGCCCAGCGACAGCCCCAAAACAUCACUGCUCUAGAGGAGAUCUGCAUGGAGGAAUGGGCCAAAAUACCAGCAACAGUGUGUGAAAACCUUGUGAAGACUUACAAAAAACGUUUGACCUGUGUCAUUGCCAACAAAGGGUAUAUAACAAAGUAUUGAGAAACUGUUGAUAUUGACCAAAUACUUAUUUUCCACCAUAAUUUGCAAAUAAAUUCAUAAAAAAUCCUACAAUGUGAUUUUCUGGAAAAAAAAUUCUCCUUUUGUCUGUCAUAGUUGACGUGUACCUAUGAUGAAAAUUACAGGUCUCUCUCAUCUUUUUAAGUGGGAGAACUUGCACAAUUGGUGGCUGACUAAAUACUUUUUUCCCCCACUGUAUGUCUGCUAUAGGUGAUCCUUGAUGACCCGGUGUAACUAGAAAGAAAGAUCCAGCAGUAGCCCACCAGAGUUGGGUCAUAAUUCCUUCACUUCAGACCUGCUACUGUUGUGGUUAGUCUGGUCUGCGGCAGGGGCCUCAGAAUGGAGGAUAUUUAGCUCUCCAGCAUGCUUCACUGCCUCUCUUACCUUAUGUUUACAGGGGCUCUAUCAUUAUAGAGCUCUAUAGCCCCUCGUAUGCUGGUGGUUAGUCUUGUAUGGUGGUAACUGGUAAGCUGUAACAGAACACAAACCCUUAUACAGUGCAUUCGGAAAGUACUCAGACCCCUUCACUUUUUCCAAAAAAUGUUUAUCAAACUACACAUAAUACAAUGCGAAAACAGAAAUACCUUAUUUAAAUAAGUAUUCAGACCAUUUGCUAUUAGACUCGAAAUUGAGCUCAGGUGCAUCCUGUUUCCAUUGAUCAUCCUUGAGAUGUUUCUACAACUUGAUUGGAGUCCACUUGUGGUAAAUUCAAUUGAUUGGACAUGAUUAGGAAAGUCACACACCUGUCUAUAUAAGGUCCCACAGUUGACAGUGCAUGUCAGAGCAAAAACCAAGCCAUGAGGUCGAAGGAAUUGUCCGUAGAGCUCCGAGACAGGAUUGUGUCGAGGCACAGAUCUUGGGAAGGGUACCAAAAACCUUCUGCAGCAUUGAAAGUCCCCAAGAACACAGUGGCCUCCAUCAUUCGUAAAUGGAAGAAGUUUGGAUCCACCAAGACUCUUCCUAGAGCUGGCCGCUUGGACAAACUGAGCAAUCGGGGGAGAAGGGUCUUGGUCAGGGAGGUGACCCAGAACCCGAUGGUCACUCUGACAGAGCUCCAGAGUUCCUCUGUGGGGAUGGGAGAACCUUCCAGAAUGACAACGAUCUCUGCAGCACUCCACCAAUCAGGCCUUUAUGGUAGAGUGGCCAAAUGGAAGCCAGAGCCCGGACUUGAACCCGAUCGAACAUCUCUGGAGAGACCUGAAAAUAGUUGUGCAGCGACGCUCCCCAUCCAACCUGACAGAGCUUGAGAGGAUCUGCAGAGAAGAAUGGGAGAAACUCCCCAAAUACAGGUGUGCCAAGCUUGUAGGGUCAUACCCAAGUAGACUCGAGGCUGUAACAAAGUACUCUGUAACAAAGGGUCUGAAUACUUAUUUAAAUUAGAUUUUUCAGUUUACAUUUUUUUUCUUCUUCUAAAAACCUGUUUUUGCUUUGUCAUUAUGGGGUAUUGUGUGUAAAUUGAUGAGGGGAAAAAACGAUUUCAUCCGUUUUAGAAUAAGGCUGUAACGUAACAAAAUGUGGAAAAAGUCAAGGCCCCCCCCCACCUUCCCCUUGUGUUACGUCCCCGUUGUUUCAUUAGCAGCUGUGUUUGGAUCGUGAUUAGUUGCUUUGCUCAAAGCUGCCGGCUCCCUGCAGCCUUCACUGUGGCAUGUUCGGACAUGAAAACUGAAGGUGUUGCAAUGUGGGCUCAGAGCGGAGGGGAACCAGCGUAGUAAUGUCAGGUGACGACGGGUACUGUUAAUCUCCCAGCAGGGUCACCAGAUUUGAUUGAUUGUCCUGACAGUUGUGCCACCCGGCCUAUGAAAUUACAACUGCCAGGGGACUGUUCCCUGUUAUUAGAGCUGCUGUUUAAUCAAAUCAAAUUGUAUUUGUCACAUGCGCCGAAUACAACAGGUGUAGACUUUACUGUGAAAUGCUUAUUUAUGAGCCCUUUCCAAACAUUGCAGAGUUAAUAAGUGAGAACAAUUUGCUACAAAUAAAAUAGGAAAUAGUAACACAAUAAAAUAACAAUAAAGAGGCUGUAUGCCAGGAGUGCCGGUACCAAGUCAAUGUGCAGGGGUAUGAGGUAGUUGAGGUUAUUGAUGUGUACAUGUAGGUAGGGGUAAAAGUGACUAGGCAAUCAGGAUAGAUAAUAAACAGAGUAGUAGCAGCAUAUGUGAAGAGUUUCAAAGUGUGUCUAUGUGAGUGUGUGUGGCGUCAGUAUGCGUGUGUGUGUGUGUUUUGUGUGUGUGCGUGUUGGAUUGUCAGUGUAGAAUGUGUGAGUGUGUGGGUAGUGUCAAGUGAGUGUGCAUAGAGCUGUGAGUGGGCAUAUAGAUUGCAUCAUCUGUUGAUCUGUUAGAGUGUUCAUGGCUACAGAUGUAAGUGCUACGGGUCGAUAGUCAUUUAGACAGGUUACCUUGGCGUUCUUGGGCACAGGGACUAUGGUGGUCUGCUUGAAACAUGUAGGUUUUACAGACUGGGUCAGGGAGAGGUUGAAAAUGUCAGUGAAGACACUUGCCAGCUGGUCAUUGCAUGCUCUGAAUAUGCAUCCUGGUAAUCCGUCUGGUCCUGCGGCCUUGUGAAUGUUAACCUGUUUAAAGGUCUUACUCACAUCGGCUACGGACAGCGUGAUCACAAAGUUGUCCGGAACAGCUGGUGCUCUCAAGCAUGGUUCAGUGUUGCUAGCCUCAACGAGCAUAUAAGGCAUUUAGCUCGUCUGGUAGGCUUGUGUCACUGGGCAGCUCACGGCUGGGUUUCCCUUUGUAAUCCAUGAUUGUUUGCAAGCCCUGCCACAUCCGACGAGCGUCAGAGCCGGUGUAGUAGGAUUUGAUCUUAGUCCUCUAUUAACUCUUUAUCUGUUUGAUGGUUCGUCCAGAUUAGUAUUCCCACUCCUUGAAAGCGGCAGCUCUAGCCUUUAGCUCAGUGCGGAUGUUUCCUGUAUGUAAUCCAUGGCUUCUGGUUGGGAUAUGUACGUACGGUCACUGUGGGGACGUCGUCGUCAAUGCUUUUAUUAAUGAAGCCGGUGACUGAUGUGGUAAACUCCUAAAUGCUAUCGGAUGAAUCCCGGAACAUACUCCAGUCUGUGCUAGCGAAACAGUCCUGUCGCUUUCAUUAACUGUCGUUAAGAUAUUAACUUCUGUGAUUAUCUUUUAUGGUCCUCCAUAAGGUAUGCUGGCUGCCUAUCUAGCGGCAAGCCAAACUGCCAAACUGCCCCCAAAAAUAUCAUACUAUAUUUAUCCUAUAUCAAAUCAAAUGUUAUCUAUCACUUGCGCCGAAUACAACUGGUGUAGACUUUACAGUGAAUAUCAUGUUAAUGACUCCACAGUACCAGUAAAAAGUUUGGACACAUCUACUCAUUCAAGGGUUUUUCUUUAUUUGGACUAUUUUCUACAUUGUAGAAUAAUAGUGAAGACAUCAAAACUAUGAAAUAACACAUAUGGAAUCAUGUAGUAACCAAAAAAGUGUUAAACAAAUCAAAAUAUAUUUUAUAUUCUUCAAAGUAGCCACCCUUUGCCUUGAUGACAGCUUUGCACACUCUUGGCAUUCUCUCAACCAGCUUCACCUGGAAUACUUUUCCAACAGUCUUGAAGGAGUUUACACAUAUGCUGAGCACUUGUUGGCUGCUUUUUCUUCACUCUCAAUUGGGUUGAGGUCCGAUGAUUGUGGAGGCCAGGUCAUCUGAUGCAGCACAACCAUCACAUUUCCUUCUUGGUCAAAUAGCCCUUACACAGCCUGGAGGUGUGUUGGGUCAUUGUCCUGUUGAAAAACAAAUUAUAGUCCCACUAAGCGCAAACCAGAUGGGAUGGCGUAUCGCUGCAGAAUGCUGUGGUAGCCAUUCUGGUUAAGUGUGCCUUGAAUUCGAAAUAAAUCACAGACAGUGUCACCAGCAAAGCACCCCCACACCAUCACACCUCCUCCUCCAUGCUUCACGGUGGGAACCACACAUGCGGAGAUCAUCCGUCUCACAAAGACACGCCGGUUGAAACCAAAAGUCUCCAAUUUGGACUCAUCAGACCAAAGGACAGAUUUCCACCCAUCUAAUGUCCAUUGCUCGUGUUUCUUGGCCCAAGCAAGUCUCUGCUUCUUAUUGGUGUCCUUUAGUAGUGGUUUCUUUGCAGCAAUUCAACCAUGAAGGCCUGAUUCACUAAGUCUCCUCUGAACAGUUGAUGUUGAGAUGUGUCUGUUACUUGAACUCUGUGAAGCAUUUAUUUGAGCUGCAAUUUCUGAGGCUGGUAACUAAUGAACUUAUCCUCUGCAGCAGAGGUAACUCUGGGUCUUCCUUUCCUGUGGCGGUCCUCAUGAGAGCCAGUUUCUUCAUAGCGCUUGAUGGUUUUUGCGACUACACUUGAAGAAAAUUUCAAAGUUCUUGAAAUUUUCCGGAUUGACUGACCUUCAUGUCUUAAAGUAAUGAUGGAUUGUCGUUUCUCUUUUAUUAAUUAAGCCACACAUGUUAAUUGAAAUGCGUUCCAGGUGACUACCUCAUGAAGCUGGUUGAGAGAAUUCCAAGAGUGUGCAAAGCUGUCAUCAAGGCAAAGGGUGGCUACUUUGAAGAAUCUCAAAUAUAAAUUUUUUUUUGAUUUGUUUAACACUUUUUUUGGUUACUACAUGAUUCCAUAUGUGUUAUUUCAUAGUUUUGAUGUCUUCACUAUUAUUCUACAAUGUAGAAAAUAGUAAAAAAUUAAGAAAAACCCUUGAAUUAGUAGGUGUGUCCAAACGUUUGACUGGUACUGUAUGUAACUUUAGGUCCUUAUAGCAGUGUGUGCACAUCAUCUUGUUUUCAUGAUUUACCAUAUCAUCAUGACCACUUCAGUUACAGUAAUAAAGUAAGGAUUGUUUACGUGUGUCUGUUCAAGACUUUAGAAAUGGAGUACUGGUUCUGAGAAACUAGCAAGAAAUCGGGGAACAUUUUUGAGUCACUACAGUAAUUAGUCAUCGGAAGUGACAUGUUUACUAUGAUGAUUUUUGUAUCUGCACAGAAUCAUAGCAAUAGCAUUUUAGAAAUACUUACGUAAACCGACACUGCGCAAACCGAACCCUCCCAAAGAAGCUUGCCGAUUAAGUGGUCUAAUGUUUCCCUGCUGUUCCGUCUGGUAUGGGCCCGAGGCCUGAGGAUGGGGGGUGAAGGGGCAGGAGGGGGAACCGGAAGGAGGGGGAACCGGAGCAGGCCCAGAGAAGCUCCUCGGAGGCCGGCCUGGUCUCUUUAUCUGGGUGGCUCCCUGCCCGCUCCGUGCUGCGCCUGGACGUUUCUCAGGCAGCCGGUGGUGAAAAGUAGUCCCGGGAUUAAAUGGCGGCAGAGAGUGAAAGGUGAUCGACUGACGGCCGCUGCUGACUGAAGCCCUCUGUUCCUGGGCCCAGGCCGCCACAGAGAGGGGGCUUUCAUGGGCCCGCUGUUUCCCAUAGCCUCCUCUGCCCACCGCGGAUCAGGAGGGGCACAUGGGAUAAUGGAGCUACCUAAGCAAUGGAGCAGGUCCCAGGACCUGGCCUCUCAGCUCAGUCUGGCCCAGUUUCCCCAAUCAGGUGUGGGUAUAAUGACCCUGUCCUGA